AUGAAAUCGCGAAGCCUAGCCAGCUUUUCAAGAGAUGGACAGUAUAAAGUUCGCAAAGGCGGCCAACAACGCGCCGAGCAGCAAGCCGACCCCCCUUCCCCCGCCACCUUCCGCUCGUUGGACCUACCCCUCGUCUGUUCACGGACCGCCCUAGUCAGUGGAUUCGUGUCGAAAGCUUUGCACAAGCCCCCCCCAAUCGGCCGAUCCUCGACAGAGACGAAUUCUGAGCAGGGGAGGGUGGAGCAGGCUGGAACAGCCUACGCUGGUUCGUCCGGAAUCACAAGGAAC